AAUUUCCCGAACGGCAGCUGUGUGACUAUUACAAUGUCCUUGCCCACCACCACUGAUGUCGUGCUCGUCGACACCAUCCAGCUCACGGCAAACAUUGGCCCAGAUUGCUGGGGACGCCUGCGUGAACAGCCCAUCUCCAUCACCGUCCACCUCCAUCUCAAACCCUCCUUCCUUGACAUAUCCGGCCAAUCCGACAACGUCGUAGACUCCAUCCACUAUGGUGAUCUCACCAAAGCCAUCUCGGCGCUCUCGGUAUCUUAUGCGGAUGUUCGUUCACUCGUGCAUGAGGUCACCCAGAAAGCGUUCGCUCUAGCUGGAGAGAAUGUGGACGCCGUGCGCGUCGUCAUCGGCCUUCCGAAGCAGAUUUUACUUGCAAACGACUUUGAGGUUGAGGUGAUUACACCCAGAGGCAAAGACAGUUUGCAGCAGGCUGCAAGAGUGUUGGUCAAAGACCUUGUCAUGCCCGUGCUGAUUGGCGUCAAUCCCCCAGAACGCCUUGCAAAGCAGAAGGUGAUCACGAACAUCAUAUUCUACGAGCAAUCUGGUAUGCACCAAGUGGACUACCCAGCAAUCAUCAAACGGAUAUCAGAGGCACGUACCCUCUUUCUCCCGUCCCUUACUGAAGAGCGACGAUACUGAAUAUCCCUAUGACAGGAGAUCGAAAAUAC